CUCUCAACUGCCGUCUCAUGCGCGUCCUGCGAGCCAUUGUGCCCCCAUCCUUCUCACGGGCGCCUAUCAGUGCUCGACUAUACUCUUCUGCUUCUGCUCGGGUUUCUACUCCAUUCAACAUCAUGGCGAAAAACAGCAAGGCCUCCAAAUUGGAGGACUCUGGAGAGCCACUUCCCAAGCUAUCUCCUAGUGAAUUCCGAACAUAUAACCGGUUGGCAGAGCAGAUGGAUGCAUUUCACAAUCACUUCCGCAUGACUUGGAAUCAGCUCUUUGAUGCCUGCAAUGCUGCUGGAAAGCGGCCAUCGGGACUUUCAGCCCGCCAAAUGAUUAUGAUGGGCCUUCAGUUUUGCUCUCAAUUGGACUUUCAUCACUCCAUUGAAGAGCAGCAUAUCUUCCCAGUGCUGGCGAAGAAAAUGCCCGAAUUCAAAAAAGAGCUUGAACUCUUGCGCCAACACAAGCAGAUUCAUGCAGGUCUGGAGAAGCUGGAAGCAUAUCUUGAGAAAUGUCGAUCUGGCGAGGAAGAUUUGCGACGCGAAGAGGUGAAGCGAUUGAUGGAGGGAUUCGGAGAGGUACUGUGGAAGCAUUUGGACGAAGAAGUAAAGACACUGGGUGCGGAGAACAUGCGCAACUACUGGUCGGCUGAUGAGAUGCGACGACUUCCAAUGUGAUUGACAUCACGGGUGAC